AAACCUCUACACACGUCAAACGUGAACGUCAGUUGCAAUUGAAAUCUAAACAAGAAUAGUAGUUGUUGUGCUGCUGCUGUUACUAUUUUUUAAAAAAUAUUCAUUUCUAUGUGUCUUUUUCUUUUGAAGAACAAGUAUAAUAGAAACAUAACCAGAAUUACAUAGAGCAAUAAAAAAGUGUCCUGUUUUUCUUUUCGUUUCAAAGAUUAAUUUCGUUGUUUGCACAUGAAAUUUAAUUCUUGACGCCAAUUAAAAAGUGUCGAUUGCUAAUUAUUUACGGUAAAUUAUGUUGCAUGCAGUGUGAAAAAAAAGUACUCAUCUGUUAAAAUACAAUAGAAGCUCUGCCAAUCACUUAAUUAUCAAAAAAAUAAAUUAAUUUAAAUAUAAAAAAAAAACAUAAAAUAAACUGCCUGGUAAACUGUUAAAUAGUGAAAAACAUAAAUUUGUCUAAGUCGAUUUAUUUCAAAGAAAUUUAGAAUGUAUUUACGUUUAACACAUGACAAUUUGAAAUCGUCUACGAAAUCAUCAAAUUCAUCAUCAUCAACAUUAUCGGCUAGAAGAAGAGCAGCAGCUGAUUUUAACAUGCAAUGUUUCACGUGCUUAAAUAUGUCGCAGAAGGUGUUGCUGAUAUUCUGUUGCAUGUGCAUAACAUUAUCGGCGUGUCUGGAGGAAGACUGUAUUGAUUUUCAAGGUAAUUCGGUAAAUCACGGCAUGCUAUAUGUACCAGGGCCAGGUGUGUGCAGUCUAUGUGUGUGUUACCACUCGGAGCCUUUGUGGUGUAAAGCAAUUUACUGUGAUCCCCCCUACUUUUGUAAAAACUUUCGUGUGGGAGAGAGAUGUUGUGAAUUUGAGUGUUUAGAUCCACCGGGUGAAGAUGACAAAUAUCGGGAACGUAUGCGUAAAAGGGCUGAAAUUUUAGCUGGCAAUAGUACGGCUUCCCCUACUUUAAGUCCACUUGCGGUUUCCACCAUAAUGUUAACAUUCUUGGGCAACACGUAUCUCAACUUAUAACUUGAGCCAAAAAAUAAAUAAGUCAACAAAUUUUUUAUUAGAUAAAUUCAAAUUAAAAUAAUUUAGGACCAGUUUUUUAGUUUUAAUUAAACAAUAAUUCAACAAUAAAUUAAUUUUAGUCAAAAAUAAAAUUUGAAAUUUCAUGGCACUGAAGAACUGGACCUUUAAUGUAAAAAAUAAACAAUUAACUAAUACCAAAAAAUUAAAAUCCCAAAAUCUAAAAUAUAAAACUGAAAACCACUCCCAAAACGAAUUGUUAUAAAUUAAAUAUAAAUAUGAAAUUAUUAAAUAUUUAAUUAAAACCCAAAAAGAAAAAAGAAAAAAAUUCUUAGCGUUAGUUAACUUUUAAUUAGCACACUUUUUUAUAUAAAUAACAAACUAAAACUUAAUACCAAAAAAAAACCUUUUAAAAUUUCAAAUAUUUAAUAAUUUCCCAAAUAUAAAAAAAAUCUCCAAAAAUAUAUAUAAA